AUGGACAGCCAAAGUAGUGGAGAUGCUUUUGUUAAUGACCCAAGUGAAUUUUUAAAGCUCAAACCAAAGAAGUCUAUCUUGAAGCCAUCGAUGGAUGAAAAUAAAAGACAUAUGGAAGAUGGACGAGCUCACUUUGACGAGAUGAAUAUAUUAGCGACUCAUCAUCCUGCAGAUAAAGAUUAUGGGCAUAUGAAAAUUGAUGAACCAAAGACACCAUAUCAUACAUAUAGUGAUAGCGAAGAUGAUUCGGAUGGCAAAUCAUCAAGGCCACGUCGAGUUUCAUUAUUGGGGGCAGUUGAUCCUAUUAAAUUAGCAGAAGGCUUAGAAGCAAGUACUUCUCAACCUCCUGUAUAUGCAGAUGAUAAUUAUUCAGAUGAUGAAGAAUUAACUCCCGAGCAGAUAGCUCAUAAGCGUGAAUUUGAACGAAAGAGAAAAUUACAUUAUAAUGAAGGAGCAGCUUUAUUACGUGGUAAACAACUGCUUAAAAAUGAGGAAGAUGGUUCAUUUAGUGAAAGUAUGGAAUAA